AUGCCAGUGAUCCUGGGGGAGAUCAGUGUGCUGACCACCCCUCUGUCCAUGGUCCGCAUCUUAGAGAUGCUGUUCGGGUGCACGACCUUCAGCUUGGUGUCUUUGGCGAGCAACAAUGAAAUGAUCAACAAAUCCAAUACCUACACGUUCUGCAUGUUCACCUGGUGCUUCUUCUUCAUCCUGACCGCCCUGAUCUUCCUGGUGGAGUUUGUUCAGUUCCAGAGCCUCGUCCCCAUCUCCUGGAAGAACCUGCCCAUCACCAUGGCUCUCCUGGGAGCACUGAUGAUCUUGAUGGCCUCCAUAGGCUUCCCAUACUGCGUGAUCAAGCACAAGGAAUCCAUUGACCCCCGUUUAGUGGCUGCCACCAUCUUCUCCUGCUUAACUUUCCUGGCGUACGCCGCGGAAGUAUGUAUAAUGAAGGUGAGGAACGCAGAGCAGCGGGGGUACAUGGCCACCACCCCAGGGUUUCUAAAGGUCUAUGAGGUCUUCGGAGCCUGCGUGGUCUUUGUCACUUUGGACAGCGAAGUGGUGAAGUGCAAGGAUGGCCCGCUGUUCUGGUGGUGCAUGGCGGUUUACUGCUGUUGCUUUUUGAUGUCCCUGUGCACCAUCGGAGUCAUGCUGGGGGAGUGUACGGGACGCUGCCCCGUCCCCUUCGACAGGAUCCUGGCAGGCUUCGGCUCUCUGUGCGUCCUGAUGUACGUCACAGCUGUGGGUUACUGGGCCUGGGCUCUGGUGCAUCCUAACCUCUGUAACCAGUACACUUGGAAGGUUAUAACUGCCGCUGUAAUGACUUGCCUGAACCUGCUGGCUUACACUGUGGACUUGGCUUUCUCCAUCAAGCUGCUGUGUUACAGAGCCUAA